AUGUCUACUGUUGGAAAGACGAUUACUUGUAAGGCUGCGGUGGCGUGGGAAGCGGGCAAAGAUUUGACGCUUGAGGAUAUUGAGGUCGGUCCUCCAAGAGCAAACGAAGUUCGGAUCGAAAUCCACUAUACAGGAGUGUGCCAUACCGAUGCCUACACACUUUCUGGCAAGGAUCCCGAGGGAGCCUUCCCAAUUGUCCUCGGACAUGAGGGAGCUGGUAUUGUCGAGUCUGUGGGUGAAGGCGUAACAUCUGUCAAGCCAGGAGAUUAUGUCGUAGCUCUCUACACACCCGAAUGCAAAGAAUGCAAAUUCUGCAAGUCCGGCAAAACAAACCUCUGCGGUAAAAUCCGCGCAACACAAGGAAAAGGUGUUAUGCCAGACGGAACUUCUCGAUUCAAGUGCAAGGGCAAAGACCUGCUUCACUUCAUGGGAACUUCGACAUUCUCGCAAUAUACCGUUGUAGCUGAUAUCUCCGUCGUUGCUAUUACCAAAGAUGCUCCUAUGGACCGUACCUGUCUCCUUGGCUGUGGAAUCACCACUGGCUACGGUGCCGCGGUCGAAACCGCUAAAGUCGAGGAAGGAUCUACCGUUGCGGUGUUCGGUGCUGGAUGUGUAGGUCUAUCCGUGGUGCAAGGUGCUGUGCAAAGAAAGGCUGGGAAGAUUAUAGUCGUGGACUUGAACCCAAAUAAGAAAGCCUGGGCUGAGAAGUUCGGUGCUACGGAUUUCGUCAAUCCAGGGGAGUUGAAGGAUCAGAGUAUCGUGGAGAAGCUGAUUGAGAUGACUGAUGGAGGAUGCGAUUAUACAUUUGAUUGCACGGGUAAUGUCGGCGUUAUGAGAGCUGCGUUGGAGGCUUGCCACAAAGGUUGGGGUCAGAGCAUUGUUAUCGGUGUUGCAGCUGCUGGACAAGAGAUUUCUACAAGACCAUUCCAACUCGUCACCGGUCGCGUCUGGAAGGGCUGUGCCUUUGGCGGUAUCAAAGGACGUACUCAACUCCCAGAUCUCGUGGACGACUACAUGCAAGGCAAGCUCAAAGUUGACGAGUUCAUCACACACCGCAAGAAGCUUCCUGAGAUCAACGUCGCUUUUGAGGACAUGAAGCAAGGUGAUUGCAUUAGAUGUGUAGUCGACAUGAGGAAGGACAGCGCUUGA